AAAGCCAACCUCACCUGCCCGCGGUGCACCCUGCUGACCAACGAACGAGGCUCUGGCGAUUUCUUAUAACAGUGGUAGAGCUACAGCUACGCACAGUUCUGUGUGUAGCACGACGGGGCUGUAGCUUGUCCGGGGAAGUACCACUGUCUCACGGAAUACCGGCGUGAAGCAUUCCCUUGCGUUUCGUACGAGUUAGUGAGACUGCCGGAUGCCCACAUCCCCUUCGCCCUUAAAUAUUAUGACAGCGGUACUUAAUAGAAAACUACCCCAGGAGGGUACUAGCACUUAUGUUUCUAGAGAAUCCCUCCCUGAGCUCAGUAACUCAGGCUGCCCCACGUAUUCUGGGGGGGGCAAGUUUCCGCGCUUUUAUUCUGCCAAGAGUAAAAAAAGUAAACAUCUUUCGGCAACCCCCACUCCAACACUAUCGGUGGACUUUUGUAAUAUUAGGGGACUAAACUCAAACCUUGAUGCUGUACACCACCAUCUGGAGACAGCCAAACCGGCCUUACUUUUUUUAACGGAGACUCAGAUCUCUUCUCCUGCUGAUACAUCUUAUCUCAAUUACCCUGGUUAUGUGCUGGAACACUCAUUUGUUCCGCGCGCUGGAGUAUGCGUAUACGCAAGAGAAGACAUCUGUUGUCGCCGCCUAGGCAGCCUUGAAGGUACUGACCUAUCCUUAUUAUGGCUACGUGUGGACUACGAUAACCAUCCCCGCAUCUUUGCAUGCCUGUAUAGGUCACACAGCGGAAAUACCGAAACUGACCGACUCAUUGGGCAAAUUCAAAAUUCGAUCGAUAUGCUGCUUCAGAGGAUUCCAACGGCUGAAUUAGUGGUUUUAGGCGAUUUCAACGCACAUCACGCAGAAUGGUUGUGCUCACGUACUACUGAUUACGCAGGACGAUCUUUUCAUGACUUCGCCUUGUCCUAUGACCUUACACAACUGGUGUCUACACCAACGAGGGUGCCCGAUGUCGAAGACCACACACCAUCUUUGUUGGAUCUCUUUCUGACUACAUCUCCAGAUGAUUAUAAGGUGAACGUCGUUGCUCCUCUUGGCUCUUCCGACCAUUGCCUUAUACGGUGUUCAGUGCCUCUCAGUCGUCAAUCUCGGUCUCGCUCAGUCAGUACCUGACGUGUCUGGCACUAUGGGUCGGCAGAUUGGGAUGGGAUGCGCACGUUUUUCUCUUCUUACCCAUGGAGACAAGUCUGCUUCGCGGAUGACGACCCUAAUACUUGUGCUGACUCUGUUGCUGAUGUAGUGCUACAGGGCAUGGAGCUGUUCAUUCCAAGUUCUGUGGUACCCGUCGGUGGCAGGUCUCGGCCCUGGUUUGGGCAAUCGUGCAGGGCAGCAUCCCGCAUGAAGCACGACUGUUAUCAAGCCUGGGCAGAAGCUCUUGCGGUAGAGGAUCCCGACGUCAUGCGUCUUAAAAAGAUGUACAACUCUGCCUCCAGAUCAUACAAGAGGGAGAUAUCUGAAGCGAAAUCAAGGUUCAUCAGUAGAAUUGGUAAGAAGCUGACACAGUACCCUUCAGGUACACGGGCAUUUUGGUCUCUUGCCAAGGCUAUCCAAGGGAACUUUUGUCGUUCGUCACUUCCACCUCUGCGCAGGCCUGAUGACUCCUUGGCCCAUACUGCUAAAGAGAAAGCCGAUACUUUGGCCACUCUUUUUGCAUCAAACUCGACGUUGGAUGAUGAGGGGAAAACACCACCAUAUAUCCUAGCUUGCAACAGCACGAUGCCUGAAAUAAAAUUCACGCAAUCAGCUGUUCGCAAAGCCCUUCUCUCUCUCAUCAUUCACAAGUCGAAUGGGCCUGACGGCAUCCCUGCUGUAGUUCUUAAGAUUUGCAGUCUGAUAACGUAG